GGGGCUCCAUGAUCCCCUAUUGCCCGGGGGCCCCAUGAGUUGUCAGUCCGCCCCUGGUCAUGCUGACUAUCAUCAAAGCAAUUUCUCUUAGCUCAUGUUAAGGGGACAUGUACACUGAUCAUCAGAGCACUGAUGAUCAGUGUGCCCUGAUGAUCUGUGUAGCCCAGCAGUGCCACCUGUCAGUAUCCAUCAGUGCCAGCUCUCAGUGCUCAUCCAUGCCACCUGCCAGUGCCCAUCAGUGCCACAUUUUAGUGCCUACCAGUGCACAUCAAUGCCACAUAUCAGUGCCCAUCUGAGCUGCCUUUCAGUGUCACCCAUCAGUGCCAGUCAGUGCCACCUAUCAAUGCCACCUAUCAGUACUGCCAAUCAGUGCCACCUAUCAGUGCCAGUCAGUGCUGCCUAUCAGUGCCAGUCAGUGCCGCCUAUCAGUGCCAGUCAGUGCCACCUAUCAGUGCCAUAUAUGAGUCGUGCCUUUCAGUGCCCAUCAGUGAUGCCUGUCAAUGCCCAUCAGUGCCACCUAUCAAUGCCCAUCAGUGCAGCCUAUCAGUGGCCAUCACUACAGCCUCAUUAGCGCACAUCAGUGAAGGAGAAAAAUCACUUAUUUACAAAAUUUUAUAACAAAAACUAAGAAAAAAGUUUUUUUUCAAAAUUUUCAGUGGUUUUUGGUUUAUUUAAAAAAAAAAUAA